CAGCCGGGAGGAGCCUGAGGCCGCCAUUGCUAUUGAAGCCCUUCACGUCGAAGAGAAACCUAAAGAGUUCUUCCUCCUUUACUCUUGAUUUAAAGGAGGGGCCACAAUCCGACUCUAGAAUCCCUAAAGUGAAGGAGAGAAGCGACGGACUCUGGUUUGAGAAGGGGCUGCGCGGGCCACCGUAGCAACGAUCUCCGAGGGACUCCGGUUUCCGCCUGCUGGCUUAUUAUGGCUGCGGGGGCCACGUGACCUUAGCUUAGUCUCCUGUAGUCCUAUUACUUUUAAGUCUCGAGCGUAUCAGCAUUAUCUCUAUUUCCCCGGAAUUCUCUGAGAGUCUGGUUUCUUUUACAUAGAUCUGUAGAAAACAUCUAGGAAAAAUGACACACUGGUUUCAUCGGAAUCCACUAAAAGCCACUGCACCUGUCUCCUUUAAUUAUUAUGCUGUGGUUACAACUCCUGCAGCUUCAAAAAUUUGCAAUGAUUUGAGAUCAUCAAGGACACGUUUGCUUGAGCUAUUCACUGAUUUGACCUGUAACCCAGAAAUGAUGAAGAAUGCAACAGAUUCCUACUUUUCUCUUUUGCAAGGUUUCAUAAAUUCAUUGGAUAACUCUACCCAAGAAAGCAAAUUGAGAUAUAUUCAAAACUUUAAGUGGACUGAUACGUUACAGGGACAUGUUCCAAGUGCCCAGCAAGAUGCUGUGUUUGAAUUGAUUUCCAUGGCAUUUAAUGUUGCCUUAUGGUAUACCAAAUAUGCAUCAAGAUUGGCUGGAAAAGAAAACAUAACAGAAGAUGAAGCAAAAGAAGUUCAUCGAAGCCUAAAAAUUGCAGCUGGGAUUUUCAAACAUUUGAAGGAAAACCAUAUUCCCAAACUUAUCACACCUGCAGAAAAAGGCAGGGAUUUGGAAGUUCGACUCAUAGAUUCCUACAUUAUUCAAUGUCAAGCUGAAGCUCAAGAAGUUACAAUUGCUCGAGCAAUUGAACUCAAACAUAAUCCUGGUCUAAUUGCUGCACUGGCAUAUGAAACAGCCAAUUUCUAUCAAAGAGCUGAUCACACGUUAUCCAGUUUGGAGCCUGCAUAUACUAUUAAAUGGAGAAAAUACCUUCACUUGAAAAUGUGUUUUUACACAGCUUAUGCUUACUGUUAUCAUGGUCAGACUUUGCUGGCAAGUGAUAAAUGUGGUGAAGCAAUCAGGUCUCUCCAGGAAUCAGAAAAAUUUUAUUCCAAAGCUGAAGCAUUGUGCAAAGAAUAUGGAGAAACCAAAGGACCUGGGACAACAGCCAAACCUUCAGGGCAUCUAUUCUUUAGGAAACUUGGAAGUCUAGUGAAAAAUACUUUAGAAAAAUGUCAGAGAGAAAAUGGUUUCAUCUAUUUCCAAAAAGUUCCAACAGAAGCACCACAACUCGAACUCAAAGCAAACUAUGGUCUUGUAGAGCCUGUACCCUUUGAAUUUCCUCCUGUAAAUGCACACUGGACACCAGAAAUACUAGCUGCAUUUGAUCUCACCAAGAGGCCAAAGGAUGAUAGUGCCAAACCCAAACCAGAGGAAGAAAUGAAACCAGUCAAAGAACCAGAUAUCAAACCACAAAAGGAUAGUGGCUGCCAUAUUUCCUAGAAGACCAAGGAAACAGUGAACUCUUCUCUCAAGUGGAUUAGGUUAACUCUGGGAGUAGAUUUUUUAUGUUUCUUUUGGAGCCUGAAGAAUAAUUUGCUUCUUUUCCGAGGCUUUCACUAUGUCAAUGCUCACUUUUUAAUAGGAUGGGAUUUUUUUUAAUGCUUUCUUUCUUUGUUAUUUCACUAGAACAGCUUCUGCAGACCUUAAUUCAAUUUAAAGAUACAGGAAGAGUUUUGGGGGAGAAUUCUAGGGGAGAACUCUAGAUUUCAGGUUAAUGUAUUAAAUUAUAAAAAGGAAUCAUGGUUCUCCUGUCACAAAAAGCUGUUUUCAUUUCUCACCUGUUAUUAAAGUUAGAGGAGAGGUACAGAUAAGAGUCAACAAAGAAAAAAACAGUUCGUUCUUCUUUAUGUCAUGGCACAAACCUGUAACACUCCCAAGUCAUUUAUUAUUUCUCAUGAAAAACAACUUUCUUAUAAUGGAACUUCCUUAUAAUGAAAAUCAUUAGUAGUUGGGCUCCUUGAUACAUAUUUGCCUACAUUAAUAUUUUUAAAACCAGAAUUGUAGUGUACAUGUUAAAACAUUAAGAAAACUCUGAAUUUUAAGUUGACUAACUGUAGUUUCUUGAGUCGAAUAUUUAUUUUAAAUACCCUUUUAUAGAGCAUAUGUGAUUUAAGGAACUAAUUUGUGUAUAACAGCUUUAGUAUAUCUCUAUGAAGGUAAGAAGAAAUUAUUCUUUGGAAAUCCAUACCAUACAAUAAUGCAGAACAUUUUUAGAAGCUUGAAAAACUACCUCUUUGGAAUUACACUGGUUACCCUCUAUUUCUCUUUCAAAGAAGUGUCCAAAUCAUUGUUUUUGGUUUUGGUCUUGAAUAUAUUCAUUUUCAUAAGGCUUUCAGUAAUAGUCUGUAUAUCCUAUCAGAGUGAAUGAAUAAAAAUGUGCUUUCUACCUAUUGAGCCUUUUGUUAAGCAAUUUUAAAGAUACCAAAAAAAAAAAAAAAAAAAAAA